AAUAAUCAGAAGUUGCGGGCAAGGGAGUGGCAGAAAAGCUCAGAUAGAGAGAGAGAGAGAGAGAGAGAGAGAGAGAGAGAGAGAGAGAGAAGCGAACCUGAGCCAAGGAAACAUGCCGUCCCGCUAUCUGCUUGCUGUUGCUGCUUCCUCUUCACUGUGCCCUGCAGUCAGUUUCGACAGCCACGGUCAGCUCUCGAAUCGGACUGUUUCCUCGCGGUUCACGUCAAGGGUUCGUGAGAGCAAGCAGGAAUCUUAAAGUUUAUCGCCUAAAGGCCAACUUCUGGGACACUAUAAGAUCUGGAUUCCUGAAGAACAAUACAACCCAAAUUGUUGAUCCCCCUCCCACACCUGAAAAAGGAGAGGAAGAAGAAAAAUUACAUGAGGAGUUUGUUCUCAUUGAGAGAACGUUGCCUGAUGGGGCCACAGAAGAGAUAAUGUUUUCUUCAGGUGGAGAUGUCGAUGUAUAUGAUCUUCAAUCACUAUGUGAUAAGGCUGAGGAGCUUACAAGGAUCGAUCUAGAGAUCAAUGUUUAAGAAAAUGCUGCAUCAAAUACGGGGGCUACUGCUGUCCUCGAUCUCCUUUGCCGUUUCGCCAAAGCUGGUUACUUAUGCAAGGAAUCCUCCUAAUUCGUCGACCCUGGAAGUAGGUGACAGUGAAGGCAACGGCUAUGACUCGCAUUGCCUGAGUUGGAGGUUGGCAGUGGAGGCAAACAAUGUUCGAGGGUGGCGGACGGUUCCUGCUAGGUGCCAGCAAUAUGUCGAGAGGUACAUGACCGGAGGGCAGUACGAACGGGACACUGAGCUGGUUGUGGACGAGAUACUGAGCUACGUGGACAGGAUCGUGCUGCCUGGAGACGGCAUGGAUGCCUGGGUUUUGGAUGUCGAUGACACCUGCAUCUCCAAUGUAACUUACUACAAGGGAAAGAGAUAUGGGUGCGAUCCAUUCGAAGGAGCAGGAUUCAGGGCAUGGGCAGGGAAGGGAGAGUGCCCGGCCAUUCCAGGAGUGCUGAGGCUGUACAAGAAGCUGAUUGGAUGCGGGUUCAAGGUUAUCCUUAUCACGGGCAGGGACAAGGAGAGACUUGGCCAAGUCACCAUCCUUAACCUGCACGACCAAGGGUUCUCUGGCUACCAACAGCUCAUCAUGAGGACACCGGAACACAAGGGGCAAAAUGCGGUCGCAUACAAGUCUAAUGUCCGGAGGCAAAUUGUGGAAGGAGGAUACAGAAUACGGGGCAACGUUGGUGACCAAUGGAGCGACCUUCAAGGGGAACAUGUUGGCGACCGUACGUUUAAGAUUCCUAAUCCUAUGUAUUAUGUUUCUUGACGUCCAUCAAAACAGCCAUGAUUGACAUGCUUUUCAAAUUAAACAAUUCGAUGAGAAGCAGCAAACGAUAGUUCAAGAGUUUUCGUGAGACGAUUUUUUCCGUGUUCAGAAUUUAAUGACUGCUCUGAAUUUUUCACCGGAUAUAUAUAUAUAUUCUUCUUCACAAGG